GAGCGUUUAUGGCCACCUCAGGCCUCACCUUAUCAAUUAAUAUUCCACCUCUGUGGAUGUGUAGAAUGGAGUCCCGCCCUUGGCUUGCUUUAGUCUAGUCCUUUGAUGCUAUUAAUUAAGAUACAAGAUGACACAAACAAAAAGGCCUGAAGAGGUUACCAGAAUACUGCCCAAAGAUUGCAUAUUUCUGGGCACGCAACGUGGAGCGAGGAUCUUGAGAACUACAGGCCGGGACAUUGUCGCCAAUCGCUGGGCUACUUUGAAGGUUGUUGCCGCUAGAGACUCACCAGAGUAUGAGGCCCGCCCAGUCAUCGCCGACGACAGCGAUAUUGCAGGAUCCCGCCUGCGCAAAUACUGGCUGGACGGACCCAAUGGCCGCGACCUCUGUCUUGUGUUGCCGGUACUGGGCCCAGGCUUGUCUAGGCUUUGCACGCCUAUAUUCUCAAGGCUGAAGCCAGAGUUUUCGAGGCUCGUUUCUCUCCAAGCCACCCAGGCGAAUGCGCAGCUCCACUCCGAACGGUCAUGUCAUGGAGAACAGGCAGAAACCAUCCAGGCACAUGGCUCCCAGAGGUCGCAGCCCGAAUGGCACGAGGAAGCAGCUCAGGGACAUCGCAUGCCUAUGGCUGUCCGAGUCCGUCCUUAUGUUCUCGGCAUGUUUUAUAAGCAAGAUUAUCCGGAAUGCAACUCCGAAAGGCACCCGCAGAAAGAUAAGGCCAGCGGCAUAUACCGGUUUAUACCAGGACAGCCGUUCUCGUAUAACCGUCAACGCAUCCAAGGUAUCGGGCCACUGCACAGGGGGUGUGAAAUCGGGCUCGACAGCAUCUUGCUACCAGCCCAGCUUGGGUUGCCACGCUUACAUGGCAUGGGCAAAGGACUGGCUGACUCACAAAAGAGCAAUCCGGGUCCGCGACGAGUUGCUCCCGUGUUUUCGGACGCUACCCGUACACCGGUCUUGAUUGAUGAGGGUCCUGGCGACUCGCCAAACCAAGAAAAAGUCCAUAGCACCGAAAUGAGCUCAAUGCCAAUGUGCUCUGUUCCGCUUACCCAAAGGAUCACGGAAAAGAGAAUGCGGGUGAACGAGACCAGCCUGGCCGAGGUAUUCCAAUUUCCGGGCUCCCCCGAGAAAAAGGUCACGCCGUAGUUUGCGGCGUG